ACACCAGAGCCUUCUGCCAAGUUCCACCUGUAUAGACUUCACUGUUAAGCCAGAUGUUUAGCCGCUGUGUCUCUGACAAAAAGGAACCAUACCAGCUGGUGGCACACUCCUCCCAGGGGCCCUGGUGGCCAGGGCAGAGUUGAGGCCACUGCUGCUGAGACCCUGAGCGCAGGCAUUGUAUCCUUCAAGGAGGGGCCCUCCAGCAAUGGCCUCCCCCUUGCUCCUGAUGCUUCUGUUCCUGACUCCAGCCACAGUGGCCAACCUCAAAACAGGCGCUGCAUGUCCAGCAUGUUGGGGGGCCACCUUUGACCCGGAGAGCCAGAGAGAGCUGCUUCUCGAUUUAGCCAAGAAACGAAUCCUGGACAAGCUGCACCUCCACCAGCGCCCCACGCUGAGUCGGCCUGUGUCCAGAGCUGCUUUGAAGACCGCACUGCAGCGCCUCCGCGGGCCUCGGCGGGAAGCCGGGCUGGAGCAUGACCAGACACAAGAAUAUGAGAUCAUCAGCUUUGCUGACACAGGCCCCUCCAGCGUCAGCCAGACACGCCUCGACUUCCACUUCUCUGAUAGAAGUGCUGGUAGCAUGGAGGUCCGGCAGGCUCACCUCAUGCUCUUUGUGAAACUCCCCCCCAAUGCCACCCGGACUGUGAACAUAAGGGUACUUGUACUAAGACCGUAUGACACCAACCUCACCCUGACAAGUCAUCACCUGCUGCAGGUAGAUGCCAGCGGCUGGCACCAGCUUCUCCUGGGACCGGAAGCUCAGGCUGCUUGCACUCAGGGGCAUCUUACUCUGGAGCUGGUACCUGAAAGCCAGGUGGCCCAUGGUUCAGUGAUCCUGGGUGGGUUUUCCCACAGGCCUUUUGUGGCAGCCCAGGUAAGAGUUGAGGGCAAGCAUCGGGUUCGCCGACAACAAGGCAUCAACUGCCAGGGAGGAUCCAAGAUGUGCUGUCGACAGGAGUUCUUUGUAGACUUCCGUGAGAUUGGCUGGCAUGACUGGGUCAUCCAGCCUGAAGGCUACGCUAUGAACCUCUGCACCGGGCAGUGCCCACGACAUGUGGCAGGCAUGCCUGGCGUCUCUGCGUCCUUUCACACCACGGUGCUCAACCUGCUCAAAGCCAACACAGCUACUGGCAACGCUGGUGGGGGCUCAUGCUGUGUGCCCACAGCUCAGCGCCCUCUGUCUUUGCUCUACUAUGACAGGGACAGCAACAUUGUCAAGACGGACAUACCUGAUAUGGUGGUAGAGGCUUGUGGGUGCAGUUAGCCUGUGUGUAAUAAAGGCAGCCCAAGGGAGUG